AUUUUUUUGGAAGUAACAGCCAUUCUUCUGUUUUAAAAAUAGUAUUUACUUUCACAUUAAUUAUUUACAACACGUACGUACUGUAAAAAUAAAAAAGCUCUCGAUUUUUUUUUUCAAACUUUACAAUAUGUAAUGACACUCAACCGAUCUAAUUUUUGAAUUUAUAUUUGUUUGCCUUGUUAUUGCCUGCAAAAUCGAGCUAUCCUGGCCGCCAUUAACAGAAAACUGUCAUGGCGUCAAGUCGCGCUUCCAAUACCUAGUGAUUUUUCGCUGAAAACACACGUAUAGCGAGUUUUCGCAAUUUUUUUUAUAUGGAAUAUCAGGACAAGUGUUUUCAUUUUGUCAAACCUUAAAAUGGAUGUCUUAAGUAAAUGAAUUGUGCAUCAAAACAAAGCUUCUCUUGGUUGUAAGUUUAUAGAAUCUGUAGAUUAAGUACAUUUUCCCUCUAUUAUGUCUUUUGUGGAUGUCCACUAAAAUAUUCGGUUUAAAAGCAGAUUUAAAAUUCAAUUGUGAUUUCUUGUAAAACGUCUGUAUUAAUAUUAAAUAAAAUUAAAACUUAAAAUAGAGAUACAAUAAUAUAAUUACAAUCAGCUUCAAAUUAAUAUUUUCAUUUAAAUAAAUAAACUUCUCGCGCAUAAAAUCACUUUCCUGGCAUUUAAAUUAUUAUCCCUUAAUACAUCAUUGUUAGUACACGGCUAACUUUUGUAAGGUUCCAUUCAACCCUGAACCCUGUACGUAACAUCGCAACAAAAAACAUCGCCCGUCAACCAACGUUUAAAGCUUUAUCAGAACGCCCAUUAAAUUACUCACCGAGUCCGAAGUAGCCGGAAAAAAUCGGUAUAAAACACGUUAAUCUAAUCCGUUCGGAGGUUAGUCAUAAACGAUCCGUGCAUUAGCAAACCCAACGUCAAGAUGGCGUACAGUCCGACACUGCUGAUACUAGCCGUCCUUUUCACGUGUACACUAUGUUUGCCAAACAACUUACUCGCCGGCCGACGAAUCCAGCUUCCGAUGGAGAAAACUCCACGCAUUCGUGGUGGCGUUCCUGUGGAACCGGGAGAGAUUCCGUAUGCGGCAGGAUUGAUGAUUCAACAGCCAAUUGGUAAUCGGUGGUGUGGUGGAACUUUAGUAUCAGUCAACUAUGUGCUUACGGCAGCUAACUGUUUCACGAAUCCGGGUGCAACAACGGUUUUACUGGGUGCCUCAAACAUGACCAACGUCGAGGACAUCGUUAUGGCAAGCGACGUCAUCGUGCAUCAAGCGUUUGUUCCGAACCAAAACCUUAACGAUAUAGCCUUGGUACGGUUGUCCCGGCCAGCUAACAUUAGCAAUUACAUCAGAUUAGCACGAUUGCCUAACUGGAGACAGGCCGAUUCAUUGUUCCUAAAUCAGCUAGCUACUGUUAGCGGUUGGGGAGCACUCGGACAGAAUUCACCCGAAAUUCUGCCACUGAACAAUCUGCACCGUGUGAACGGUUCCGUCAUCAGUAAUACGGCCUGCAGUUUACAAUUUCUUGGCGGCAUUGCAGAGUCGCAUGUCUGUGUUUCCACCAACAAUGGUUCUCCCUGCCAGGGUGAUCAAGGCGGGCCACUAACAGUAGAAGACGCAGACGGUAGUCAAACCGUAAUCGGUGUGUUCGCUUUCAUAUCGGUACUGGGUUGUGAACUUGAUCGGCCAGCAGUAUACACAAGGCUUACACCCUACCUGGCCUGGAUUGAAGCGAACUCGGAUGUCGUCAUACGUAACGAUUUCGAGUUCUUCCCAACGCCACCGAAUCCGCAGACAACUACUACUGGUGUGCCACAAACAACAACUGAAACGACUCCAAUCACCACUACUACUGGUGCGCCUGAUACAACCAGUGCGAUUACUACUACCAUGGAAACGACGAUCACUACUACGAUGGAAACGACCACUACAGAACUACCGCCUACCACUACCACCCAAAUGUUUAUGCCUCCACACAGGACGCACCAACCAAACAUUAGGGUAGAACAUCGUUAAGAUCCCAGAUAA